AUGAGGCUCCGCUUGACCGUAAAGCGCCACGGCCUGCCGGACACUCCAGUGGUCUGGAUUGUAGAUACUACUCCUUCUUCUUCUUCUUCUCCUACGAUUUCACAACUUUUGGAAGCAGUCAACGAAGCCAUACCGAUCGAAUCCGAAGGGGAUUGGGGUCUGGAGGAUUAUGCCGUUGAACUGAAGGGCGCAAAUGGUGCCAACUACGAAUGUCUUCAUUUCCAGCAUGUUGCAGCUGUUAUGAAGGAAGACGAUGAGGUCAUUAUUCGGCCAUUACUUACACAAGAUUUGAAGAUACGACGCAUUUCUGGACGGAGACAGAUCUCAGCAGAGGGCAAACACCUGUUUGAUGGGCUGGCUUUCGGACGACCACUUCUUAGACGCCCUGCGGAUCGACCUCCAAUUACGAUACCUCCACGAAAAAGACGCCGUGUCACUUACGAUGAUGAAGAGCAAGAUGCCGACGAGAUACCUACACUGAUGGAAAGAGAGGAAGAAGAAUCAGAUGCCGAUGCAAACAAACAGCUCGUUAUCCAUGCUGACUUCGACGAUGAGGACUCUGAAGACGACGAAGAUUUCAUUCCUGGUGGAGACGAUGAUGCCGAAGACGAGAAUAUUGAUGCAGAGGUGAAUGGCAGCGGUAAUGAGGGUUCCUCUGAGAGCGAUGGCACAGAAAGCGACGAGGAAAUGGCAGAUGAGCAAGCAGCAGACGACAUCGAUCAGAACAGGGAGCUUCAGAAGAUGACAGAUGCCUUCGAACUUCCGAUUGAGACUGAGCCAAUCCAAGAGCCAACCCAAGAUUCACCUCGUCCUUCAGAGAUUGAAAAGGUUGACGAAUCUGCACUGCAGAGUGUACCAGAGCCUCGACGAGCUACGAUUCGUAAGUUGCAUGCUGUCUUUCCUAAGUCGCCUAUGGCUGUCUGCAAAUAUGUCUUGAACGGUACGAACGGAGACAUGGGUGAAGCCUACGAAGCCAUGGCCCGUGGAUUUCGCCCUGUCAAAUCUAAAAGCUCGUUUACUGAGAGCCUUGAAGAAACUCCAGAUCUGCAUGUUCCGAAAACUCGUUCAAAAUCCAAGGUAGCUCCUGCGACAGAGUCUAGCAGUCAACAGAUCCGGGAAUCAGAACAUGACGAGCCUCCAAAUUCUCUCAUUCGUCACUACGAUCUAGGUGGGCUGCUUCCAGGAUCCAUCAAGUCUGGCAAAGCUUUGUCAUUCAUGGCAGAAGCGUUGCACAGCACUCCUCCUCGACCACGCUCUGGACUGAGAAGGUCAGCGUCUAUCGCGAGCAACAAAAGUGUCAGAUUUACAAUGGACGAAGGCUUAUCAAACGGUCUUACAUCUAUUCCUUGCAUUGACAAACAAUCCCAGGCUAUAGAGUCUAGUGAAGAAAGUGACAGCGACAGCGAUGAUUCUAGCGAGGAAGACGCUACAAGCAGCGAGGACAGUAGUAGUGAUAGCGAAGACAGCGAUGAGUCAAGUCAUGCAAAAGGGAAUAGCACUGAUAAUGUAUCGUCUUCUGGGAGCGAAAGCAGCAGCGAUUCAUCGAGCGAGUCAUCAAGUGAAGAAGAGUCGCCAGAAGAGACAUCGAGCAAACUACCCUCGACCACUCCCAAAUUCCGAACAUCUGCAUCUCCAUCCCAAUCUUCCGCCGCGAAUUCGAAGCAAGCCCCGGCCGGAAAACCAGGUCAAGGUACACAAGCUACACGGAAGCGAAAUGAGCGUAAACGACUGUCAAAUGCUCUGGACAGAUACAAGCGAAAGGGAAUCCUACCAGCUGGCACCACCAUUAGUGAAUUGUCAAGGCUUCAUGUAAAUGACGAUACCCCAGCAGAAGCUGCACUUGCUGCGUUGGAGGAGCUCAGAGCCGGCAAGACAGAGAACACGCUUGCGAAGAAUUCUUCUCAGUCUCAAUCUGAUGAUUUUGAGCAUCGUCGGCAGCAGCUCCUUGAUUCUCUAGCAUCUGGGGGCAUUGAAGUUGGCGCAGAUAGUCGCGGAAAUACAACGUCGAAGCCCACGCAAGAUUCCUCCGCAUCUACUCCAGCAGAAGUUACAAGCGCCAUACAACCUGAAAUCACUUCAACCCCAGUAGUCCCAGAAAGCACCGAGCUUCACCCGCUGGCAAAAGUCUCCGAGCUCGAAGCAAUGGACAUUGAUGCUGCGAAGCCUUCAAAUGCCCCAGAAGUUCCAAAGAUCGACAGUCCUCUUGCCUCUCCGAACCCACAAUCUACCUCUGCUAAUUCAAGUCAACCAAGUGCACGUAGAUCGAAGAUAGAUCUUGGUGCUGGCCGGAGACUCUUGUUUGGUGCGCUUGGCAUUAAGGCUCCGAGAACCAAGAAGGAUGAAGAGAAAGUGCGAGCUGAUCUCAUGAAAGAUGUCAGGCAUCUUGUAACCCCCAAAGCAUCUGAUCCCGGCGAGCCUCAAGGAGAAGACGUCGCUGAGGAUUCUGAAGCAUGGAGAGAGAAGAUUGUUUAUAGAGCCGUUGAAUGCGUCCAAAAAGGCAUCGAACUGAGUGAGCCACCGUUCCCGUUCGUCCAGCGAUGGGAUCCUCAACAGCAACGUUCUUGGUCAAAAGGGGGUAAGCGCAAGCAGGGCGAACUAGAGCAGCCACAAUAUCAUCAGGAGAACUCACGACCAGCAAAGAAGCAGAAGGGUCGCAAAGGCAAGCAUAGAUAUGCUGAGGAGCAGGAGUACCUCGAUGCUUCUUACGAACCUAGCUACCAAGAUGAGAGCAUGGAACUAAAUUACGAUGAUUCUACUCAGCUCACGAGACCUGAAGAUGAGGAUGUUGAAGAUCAGAUUAGCUUGCAGUUGAUGAAUGACAUUGAAGGUCCCACGGGCGCUACUAGCCAAGCACCUGAUGAUUGCAUCCCACUACCUGACGACCCCUCUUCUUUGCCCGAUUUGAAAGAUGGUGAAGCAAAAUCCGGUAUGGUCAUUGCGUUCAAAAAGCUGGAAUUCUCAGCAGCGACACAAUGGCAACCCGUGGUCUCACAGUAUCGAACCGCCGUCGUUAUCUCUAUCUUAGAGAAUGGUACACUGGAGCUGACUCUUGCCAUGCGCGAUCGUGUCCAUACCGAGAAGCGCUAUGAUGAGAAUACUGGCAAAAGAAUCUACGACAAAUUCGAGACGGUUGACGACGAGGACAUGGAUGACACGGAAGAAGAUCAUGGAAAGCUUGACCUUACCUUUGGAGAGCUUAUUGAACCAAAGAUCUUGCAAGAGCCUCCGGAGUUGGCAGAUGACACUAUGAUGGACGAAGCCUCGCCAGCAUGGGAAAAGAUCAACACUGAUGAUUCUACCACUCUGAGCCAACAGGAAGAAUCUGCUGAAGCUCCGCUAUCACACGUCACGGAAACACCUCUUCACUCCGAUGCCCCUGAAUCCUUCCGCAUCGAAGAGUCUAUUGAACAGUCUGAUUUGCCUGUUGCUGAUGAUCAUUCGCCUGAAGUUGUAGUUCAAGCCGUAACCGUCGUGGAGAACGAGCCGUUAGAGAAUACAUCGCUGGCAAUCACAGCACUUACUGUCGCAAAGCCUACUGAUGAUUUCACGCUCGCUCCCAUUGCCAAAGAUACAAGUCCAUUAGAUCUUGCUGAAUCAGUUGAUGGAGUUCAUGAAGAUGAUAGCAAAAGUGACGUCUCUCCAGAGCCAGUUUCAGAGGAUGCAAGACAACAUAUAGUCCACAUGAUGAAGGAUGCCGACUUCCGAACCGACGUUCCGUCUUCUGUUCUGAGGGAUAUCCAGCCUGAGUCAAUGCAAAGUCCUGGUGAGGUCGCCGAGCUUGAGAAACUAUUAAAGGACAUGACUGAGACGAAUGAAAAGGCAUACUCCCCAAGGUUCAACGGGCUUGGGUCGUCGCCUAUAAAAAAGCUAAGAGGGUCUUCACAAACCCCAAGUGAAAGUAGAGUCCAGGUUGCAGACUCGUCGCCAUCACGGCCACGAAAAGGACCUUCUCAAAUUUCUGGACAAGAGCGUCAAGUAUCGGAUUCUCCCAAUAAACAGCCUCAAUCAAGCUGGGAAACGGUUGAACCCAAUUAUCAGGAUCCGACACCAUCACCUGCUCGACCAACAGAAUCAAGCUGGAUCACUGAAGAAUCGCACGUUCAGUCUUCUAGUCCGCCUAGCAAGGAGCCUGUCAAAGCUGUCUCAAAGCUCAAGUCUAUGGUUCGCAAGAUCCCUAUUGGCAGAGCGCAGGCUUUGUGGGAGCAACUGCAGCCUAAGAAGCAAAGUACUGAUUCUGAGGAUGAGAGCUCGAAACCUUCACCCGACCAUACUACAGGUCUCGACGGUGUCAGCGAAAGAGAAGAUCAUGAAAGCGUGCAAUACCCGAAGCUGUCUGUAGGGUCGUCUUUCAGUCAAGUCGAAGAUCAUGGUCGUCAGCCUGAUUUCGAUUUUGAUGACAGCGCAGUUAUCAGUAACGGAAGCCCACAGGCUACUGAUCUUGAUUUUGAUCCUGACAUUGCUGUCAUCAAUUUUUCUCAGCCACCUGAGCGCCAACCUAGUCACUCUCCUGCAAUUUCAGCUGUCGUGGACAAGAACGGGUUUGAAUCGGAGUCUGAAUUUGAGCCUGAACUUCCUGCUCCAAAGAUUGUCAACGAAAAGUCUACUAGCUUCAAGACUCAACCCAGCAUCUCAGCUGACCUUUCCUCUGACGAUGACAUUCCUGCUCAAAAGACUAUCAAUCAAAAGUCCGUGAGGAAGCCAGCCCCACCUGUUGUGCCUGAGCCUAUGUCUUCUGAUGAUGAAUUUCCAUCUUUGGAGGCAUUGUCACAGCAAUCAGCAACGAUUAAACGAGAGAAGUCAAGAGACAAGUCGUUGAUGCCCCCAAAGAACGCAAAGGAUGAGAAGCCUCGCACUGUCUCUGCAAGUUCAAGUCGAGCAGUGGACCUUUCCGAUGACGAAGAUCAGACUACGCCCAAAGCAUCGCAGAAGCAGCGGGUACCAUCGCACAGUCAACCACUCCAGAGAAAAGGCUCAGAGAUUCCCUUCUCUCAGCGUCGCAAUUCAGGACCACGUGCAUCUCAGCCUGCUCCUUCGCAAAGCCAAAAGUCCAAUCCACCUCCAGGCUCUCAAGUCUACGAUCUGACUGACGACUCCAGCGACGUCGAACCUGAGCCACGACGUGCUGCUAAAGAAUCUUCCGAUUCCGAUAUUCAGCCUACCAGAUUUAGGACAUACAAGAUCGAUACUGAUGACGAUGAAGAAUAUCAGGAAGAGUCGGGCUGGGUUCCAAAAAAGACCAGUACAGUGGGAGGAGUUGAGACUCGAAGACUUACGAGUGGCAGCUUGAAAGCUUCUUCACAAGCAUCGCUCAAUACUAAGAACCGUAGGAAGACGAAUACAUAG